AUGCGCUCCAACAGCAUCACGUCUGUCUCAUCUCUGUCCUCUCGCUGUUCGUCAGCAGAGCCCGAGUCCAGCAUGCAGAUCUUCAUCAAGAACAUCGCUGGCGACACUUUCGCCCUAGAUGUGCCCGAGUCAACUUCGAUAGCGACACUCUCAUCUCUUCUUGCCAUCCGUACAAAUCUCCCCGCUCAGGACAUGCGCCUUGUGUAUGCCGGCAAGCAUCUUGAUCUCUCGACGAACACCCUAUCGGACUACAACAUUGGUCGUGAAAGCACGCUGCACCUGGCACUUCCACUACGAGGCGGAGCACCCAAGAAAAUCCGCUGUCAGUUCAAAGAUUGCAAGGACGCGGCCCAGCGCAUCGUCGGUGAUUGCGGCUUCUGUAACGGCCACUUCUGUGGCAAGCACCGCAUGCUCGAGAGCCAUGCGUGUAGCGGACUCGAGACGUGCAAGGAGGAAGAGAAGCAGCGAAACCGCGAGCGCCUUGAGAAGGAGAGAACUGUUGCCAUCAAGGGCAUCUGA